UCAGAAAGAUCAGUCCUACACAGUGUCGGUUGAAACAAUCGAAGAUCAGAGAGACGCGCGGUUCGAUUAACGAUUUACACGGCGGGAAUCCGUGAUGCUUUCAAAUUCGCUUUCGUAUGGAGAGAAAUGCAUUUUGUAAACUCCCUAGGUGUGCGUAUCAUGUUAGUUACUUUUCCUGACGUCACGUUGCAGACGCUCGACGAGCAAAUCGGUGCAGCUCAGUGGGAGAAUGUAGUAGUCGAAACACACGAUAAGAUCGUGCGCAUCAUACCGUUAACUGGCCGUAACUGAACGUCAAUUGAGCGGUCCAUUUAGCUUGUCACUUAAAGCUUUUCAAAUAGUAUCGCGAAUCCGGGGCGUUGGACCGAAAAUGCUGCUGCUGCUGAUGGUCUCGUGAAAAUCGCGACGGUGUCCCUCCGUUUCGUCUAGUUUCAUCCCGCGGACGGUGCGAUAAAAACAACACUGACAUGAGUCAGUUGUCGCAGGAGUGCAGUUCCGAGCGGGAAUAACGAUGUAUUAAGACAAAAAGUGUUGGUUCGUGCGCAAAAUUAGUUUCGGGGAGCAAUGGAAGAUGAACAGUCAGGUCGAGAAGCUAACAAGAUCUGCGGUGUCUGCGGUGACCGCGCUUUCGGUUAUAAUUUCAACGCUGUAUCCUGCGAGAGUUGCAAGGCUUUCUUUCGACGGAAUGCUUUGAAAAACAAGGAUUUUCGCUGUCCAUUCACUGAGAACUGCAGCAUUACUCCUGUCACGAGAAGAUUUUGUCAGAAGUGCCGUUUGGAUAAAUGUUUCAGCAUAGGGAUGAGGAAAGAAUAUAUUAUGUCCGAAGAGGACAAGGUAUUGAAGAGGCAAAAAAUAGAACAGAAUCGUGCUGCAAAGAAAAGGCCAACUAUAGAUAAUACGAAACCAUCAAAGAUUAAAAAAGGUUGCAUAGAUGAUUGCAAUUUCGAGGACACUUCCAUGUCAGUCAAUUCAGUUGCAUCAACUGUGUCAGACACGUAUUUUUGGGAAUCUGACAGGAAAUAUACAGACUUGGACGCGAACAGACAGAAUUUAACUGAGAGCAUGAGUCCAGUAACUGCAGCGAGUGUUCCAAGUCCUUCUAGUCCACCAGAGAAUAGUACUAUCACAGGAUCAAAGACACUGGACAUGAUGAAAGACUCCUCUCAUAAUGUAAAUUGUAAUUUCAAGAGUUACGAGCAUCCUUCGUCGCCUCACGAAGAGGAAGCUGAUACUGAGAGCAUAAGAAUGGAGUCAAAGUGUUCGUCACAAAAUCAUCAAUCAUUUGAUAACGUCAAACCCCUUCACCACUUGGAAAAGGACAAGAAAUCAGUAAUAAGUUCAAAGAAAUUUGAGCAAAAUAUGUUCGAGUUUGAUUCUACAACUAGUGGAUCUGUAAAAUGUUCACCGGAACUUGAGAAUCCACCUUGUUACAAUAAACUUGAGGAUUAUAACUCCGAACAGAACUCCGAAUGUAUAAGUCACACGUCCCAUUACACAAAAACGAGUAUCGAUACGAACUCCGGAUUGCAAAUGAACGUACAGACUUGUUCAGAGGAACCAGAAACUAGUCAAAAACAAAACACGGAACCUGGUUCGAGAGAAGAUAAUUUAGCAAUUAAUAAACUCAGUCGAGAUUCCACUCGUAUUACCAAACUCGUCAACAAUACGAAUUUCGUCGCAAAAAUAUUUCAGAAUGAAGAAUUGCUUCUGAAAAUCAUAACCGAUCCUGUUGUGAUUAGUAAAUUAGAAGCAGAUCCACAGAUUUCUCAGUUCUUCAAAGAAAGCGGAGUCGUUCCAGAAAAAGAACCGGCAUCCGAGAAAGAUACAAACCUUCAUCUUAAAGACGAUCACGCGCUUAAACCGACGCCUAAAGUUAAACAGACGCAACUAGAAAAUCCUAUAUUGACCGAUUUGAUUACGAAUUCGAGCCAAGAAGAAAGCAAACGUGACGACCCCAACAGUAAUCAUUGGAAUAGAAGCUUGUCGGAUGUUACAAAAGAUGUACUUCAAGAUGUAAGAAGGGUACCAAUUGCCGCGAAUUCCAUUGAGUCUAUUCUUUGCGAGGCAAUUAAAUUAGAGUUUUCAGCAUAUUCUGCUCUUGGCGGUAUGGAGACCAGAAGAGUAUUGAAUGAUGCUGAAAGGGCAAAGUUAAAUGAAUUAAUAGUAGCCAACAAAGCAUUAUUAGCUCCUUUAGACGAGGAUAUUACGAAUUUGAUUGGGGAGGAUUGUGAAUUUAAGUUUCAGAAUAACUUUAGUCGAUGUAAUCCAGCACUGUUAGAUGUUAUCAAUCUUACUGCCAUCGCCAUUAGACGCUUGAUAAAAAUGGCAAAAAAGAUAAACGCUUUUAAAAAUAUGUGUCAGGAGGAUCAGAUCGCUCUUUUGAAAGGUGGUAGCACGGAAAUGUUGAUUUUGAGGUCAGCUCUCAAUUACGACGUUGAAAAGGAUAUGUGGUGGAUACCACAUAGUCAGGAGAGUAUGUCCAAUAUAAAAGUAGAUGUGCUAAAAGAGGCAAAGGGUAAUCUUUAUGCUGAACAUACAAGAUUUAUAAGGAGUUUCGAUCCCAGGUGGAGAGACGAGAACAUUAUUUUAAUUCUGAGCGCGAUCGCUCUGUUUACACCUGACAGACCGAAAGUGGUACAUAAUGACGUAAUUAAAUUGGAACAAAAUUCAUAUUAUUAUUUGCUUAGACGUUACCUAGAAAGCGUCUAUCCCGGAUGUGAAGCGAAAUCGAUGUUUUUAAAAUUAAUUCAGAAGAUAUCUGAUCUUCAUAGAUUAAACAACGAAGUCGUUGAAGUAUAUCUUAAUGCAAAUCCGUCGAGAGUGGAACCGCUUCUUAUAGAGAUCUUCGACUUAAAACAUUGAUCGAACGUGUUCAUUAUAGUUGGUAGAGAAGAAUUAUGAAACAUUUCCGUUCAAUACUCUUCUAAGUAGCAACAGUGACAGUAGCACAGACGAGAGAAGAUUCAGCACGAAAAACCCAUGGGUGUAGAAAGAAGGAAUUUUUCGACAUUAAUGCGACUUAAUAGUCCCAUGUUUGUAUAAAUGCUGUAUAGUAACAACGACCCAAAUAUUAAGAGGACUACUUAGUAUGAAAUUUUCAAAAAAUCGAUUUUUUUUUGCAUUUUUCGAAAGUUUAUACCUUCAAAAAUAUCAUACUAAAAUAUCAAGGUUUGUUCCCAACUAGUUUUCGAGUGGUAGCCUUCUAAUAGGCUAAUUUCAAUUUAAAAGCAUUUCAUGGAAUAUUUCUCUUAAAAAAAAAUUUCCAAAAAUCACCUAAAUUUUGGGCAGUCAUACUGGGUAGGCCCCUUGAAAGCAGAAGUUUUAUCAGAAUUUGCAAGAUACGCAAAUAUGUAAGUUAAUUGUACAUAAACUUGAUAAUUAGAUGAAUUAUGUUAUUAAAAAAGUUUAUUCGUUAAAUAAUGUUUAUGUAGAA